AGUAGCGUCGCAGUUAACAAACGCCAAAGGUUCGAAAGGAAACGAAAGGAGAACACAAAAUGGUUCCUUCGUCCGUACCACCUCUCAUCGUUCCCAAUUCGCAACUUUAGGGUUUUCUACGAACCCCGCCAUUGGCAAUUUCUUCGAAGAACAAGCUCCUUCUUCGCUUGACAUUUCAAUCGAUUUGAAAAAUGGAUGGACCAACUGGCCGAGGUAGUGGAACAGGUGUAGACAUGUUUCUGCCAAAUUAUAAGCUGGGAAAAACACUUGGCAUUGGGUCCUUUGGCAAAGUGAAAAUAGCAGAGCAUGUUUUGACGGGCCAUAAAGUUGCCAUAAAGAUUCUUAACCGCCGCAAGAUUAAGAACAUGGAAAUGGAAGAAAAAGUAAGAAGAGAAAUAAAAAUUCUGAGAUUGUUCAUGCAUCCUCACAUCAUCCGUCUUUAUGAAGUCAUAGAAACGCCAACAGACAUAUAUGUUGUUAUGGAAUAUGUAAAAUCAGGAGAACUAUUUGAUUAUAUAGUAGAAAAGGGCAGGCUGCAAGAAGAUGAAGCCCGCAACUUUUUCCAGCAGAUAAUCUCUGGUGUGGAGUACUGUCAUAGGAAUAUGGUGGUACAUAGAGACCUGAAACCUGAGAAUUUGCUUUUAGACUCCAAAUGCAAUGUCAAGAUUGCUGAUUUUGGUUUAAGUAACAUCAUGCGGGAUGGCCACUUUCUGAAGACAAGUUGUGGGAGCCCUAAUUAUGCUGCUCCAGAGGUUAUCUCUGGGAAAUUGUAUGCUGGACCUGAAGUAGAUGUCUGGAGCUGUGGUGUAAUUCUAUAUGCCCUUCUCUGUGGCACACUUCCCUUUGACGAUGAAAACAUUCCAAACCUCUUCAAGAAAAUAAAGGGUGGCAUAUACACCCUUCCUAGUCAUCUAUCACCUGGUGCUAGAGAUUUGAUACCAAGGAUGCUUGUGGUGGAUCCCAUGAAGAGGAUGACUAUACCUGAAAUACGUCAACACCCAUGGUUCCAAGCUCGUCUUCCGCGAUAUUUAGCAGUGCCACCACCUGAUACAAUGCAACAAGCCAAAAAGAUUGACGAAGAGCUACUUCAGGAAGUGGUUAAUAUGGGAUUUGACAGAAAUCAAUUGGUUGAAUCUCUACGCAAUAGGAUCCAAAAUGAGGGUACUGUGGCAUACUACUUGUUAUUGGAUAACCGGUUCCGUGUUUCUAGCGGCUAUCUUGGAGCUGAGUUUCAAGAGACUAUGGAUGCUGGUUUCAAUCGUAAUCAUUCCACUGAAGUUUCUUCUCCAGUUGCUGGGCACCGCCUUCCAGGUUAUAUGGACUAUCAAGUAGGAAUGAGACCACAGAUCCCUGUUGAGAGAAAAUGGGCCCUUGGGCUUCAGUCUCGAGCCCAUCCCCGUGAAAUAAUGACCGAGGUCCUUAAAGCUCUGCAAGAAUUAAAUGUUUGCUGGAAGAAGAUAGGGCAUUACAACAUGAAAUGCAGAUGGGUUGCUGGUAUUCCUGGUCAUCAGGAAGGAAUGGUUAACAAUUCUCUGCAUAGUAACCAUUACUUCGGGAAUGACUCCAACAUCAUUGAGAAUGAUGCUGUUUCCAAGUCAAAUGUGGUCAAGUUUGAAGUGCAGCUCUACAAAACUCGUGAGGAUAAGUAUCUGCUUGACCUUCAGAGGGUUCAGGGCCCCCAGUUUCUUUUCUUGGAUCUUUGUGCUGCUUUCCUUGCACAGCUACGUGUUCUCUAAUCAUAGCACCUUACAAGGGAGAGAUUUGGAUUACGCUGCAUCCUAAUAAGAAGCUUACGUUGUACAUAUAACCACUUUUAGACUGGGUUUUGUCUUGUCUGUAUGUACAUUUUAGUAUUACCCGUGUUUUUUGUUAUGGGUGAUCAUGAUUAGGUGGCAAUCAUAAACAUGGCAUUCGCUUCCUUAAUCAUGGCGUAUUACUAUGACUAGAUCAUCCAUUUUCAUGGUGAAUUGAGUUUCCUCAAUCCCAUGGAAUCUUGGGGUCAUGUUGAAGAACUAACGAUACCCCCAACAGACAUGACUAUUUAUGGUAUUGAACCUAGUUGUUGUAAAUGACUGCUGCUGUUAGCUUGGAAGCAGAGGGGUUUGUGUUUU